GUUCAACUUGGUAGAAAUCAACCAGAAUUUAUAACAAUCUCAUCGAUAGUACCUUACCUAGAAGCUCAAGAAAAUAUAAUUUUGGAAAUAAUGAACUUCGUUCACGGCUUCAUCCUUGCCGCUUUCCUCGUGACAUCGACUCAAUCGACACCUUUUAAAACAUGCUCGGAGGGGGCUGCUCCUUCAGAUGUUCGGGUCGAUGGGUGUACCAAGAAUCCCUGCACACUUUAUCGAGGCACCAACGCUACUGCCGAGUGGGACUUCAUCGUGAACGAAGACACGAAAGUGCUGAAACCACGGGUUCGCGCAACGGUCAUGGGUGCAACUGUCAAUUACCCCUUCCCUCAAAAGAAUGCCUGCAUCAGCCUGAAGAACGCAAAGUGCCCUCUGGACGCCGGGGAAAACGUUACUUAUCAACUGAGCAUGCCAGUACUUAAGGCUUAUCCUAAAAUACCACUUACCAUCGAGUUUGCUUUCCUAGAUGACAAGGAUAGCGUUGUCGUAUGCUUUAAGCUCGCUGCACGAGUUGCCGACAAAUAAACGGACAGACUUCACCAUAGUCCAUCAGUUUCUUUUCUUAUAUCUCUUUUUCUUGUCUUCUUGUUUUCAAAUUAAUUUCUAGAUGAAUUCUUUUUCAAGGACGGCUUUUUAGUUGAUUUUGACAAAAAAUAUGAAACCCAGUGAAUCAAAUAAAGUGUCAAUAUCGCGCUAAUUUUUCAAUAAAAAGUCUCAACGGAUAGCUCCCCAAUUAUUCUUGCGAGUUCACUACACGAUUUAUCAUGUCGCAACAUAUUCGGUUGUAUGGAUUGUAGCGAACUUCCCUUCGGUAUUGUAGAUUUUUAAAAUAAAGGGCAU